AUCUCUCUCUCUUUCAUUCCGACUCAAAUCGGUUAAGAAAGAACUACAAAUAUUACGUCAUGUCGACACAGGGUGUACGGCCUUUGAAGGAAGCAAUGGAGAUGACGAGGGCGUCGAGGAUUGCUCAACACUCGCUUCUAAGUUUUCCUUUCCAUAGCAGUGAGCGGUUUGCGACCAAGUGCCUUGUGGGUAUUGGAGAUUUCAAUGUUUCAGAGAGUCCCAGAAGGCCUUUGGUGCGAUUGAAUUGUCAGUUUUCUGAUUCUGGACAUCAACAGUACUAUGUGUCGGCUAUCAAACAAUUCAAGAAGAAAGAGAAGCAAAACAAUUCUGAAAUUAAGCUCGUCAAGAGGAAAUUGAAGUUUAUAAGAAGAUUGUCGAAUGAAUUGUCCUUGUUUUCGCUUGAGACCUCCGGCAUUGAGAAUAGAAAUAGUUUGGUGGAUGAAGAAAAGAUUUCGGGAGCGGUAGAGGUUCUUAAAGCACAGUUGCAACAGCUGAGAUCAGAGCAAAAGGAGUUGAAGAGAACGAUGAAACAGAAGAAAGUCCAGAUUAAGGCUACCUUGGAAAAAACAAAAGGAAAGAGCAAAUCUGAGUCAUCAUCAAGUUCAUCAUCCGAGUCCAGCGACACUGAAAAUGGAGAGGUGAUUGACACAAUCCGCUUGAGAAGUAAUGAUGUUCUCAAACAAUUAAAACACAGUGAAGCAGAACAAAAUACGAAAGGAGCAACGUCAGGUACACAUGGCUCACUGGUUCAACAGGAGAAGUCAGAGGAAACGCUGGGAAUUGUAGAUAUGAAUUCUCAAAAUCAUAGGACUGGGGGUGACUGCAGCAGCUCUAGUGGCUGCAAUAACGAGCAAACAGAAAGCAUUGCAGAGCGGACAUCGGCCAAGAAAAUAGAGGUUUGCAUGGGUGGCAAAUGUAAAAAAUUAGGAGCAGAGGCUUUGUUGCAAGAAUUUGGAGGUAAGCUUGGCACAGAAUUUGCUGUGUUGGGGUGCAAAUGUAUGGGGAAAUGCAAGGAUGGUCCUAAUGUAAGGGUUGCCAAUACUCCCCAUGGAGAUGAAGCGAUGAGGACGCUGAGACCUUCAGUUAGUUCUUUAUGCAUUGGCGUUGGUUUGGAAGAUGUGGACGUGAUUCUUGCAAAUAUUCUUUGCAAAGACAUGAAUAACAAUUAUGGGAUGGCCCUUUCUUGACAAUACCUUCUACUGAAUUGGAGCUGUUAAGAUGAGCUUUCAGAACGGUUUUAUUGCCUCCUGAGUUCAAAUCUCACCUUCACAGCUUCACUGAUAUGUUAGUCAAAAUAUUGAUGCGAAUAAUUAAUGUUUAUAUAUUUUACAUCUGUCAUUUCGAGGGUGACAAGACUUAAAUCAA